AUGUCGCCUGUCUCACGCAAAAGAAAGGCAGAAUCUGCCAAAGAAGAGCAGCCUGGGCCGGACAGCAGCUCUGUGGCCCCUCCGCAGCCACGCAUCCUUCAACUCGCGCAAUCAGCAAGGCGACGAGCCGUCACUCGCCAAUAUCACGAUGUAAAGGCCUCAUGGGAUAGAAAGCGCGAGGCCAGAUUCGGCGUUUCUACAGAUGAGCUGCAACAGCGGCUCGAGCUCGCCCUCAACUUCUGGCGAGGAGCUGGCUGUGAGCUCUGCGCCGCGUAUCGCGACUAUGCCGCCGCCGACACCCACGAUAUGGAGGAAUGUCGGAACUGGGAGGAAGCUCCGGAAGCGCAGCGCAUUCUGCGGCUGUUGGAGGAGGCGAGCGUGCGAGCAAGCGCCGACGAGGACGAAAGCAGCGACGAGGACGGAAGCACCGACGAGGACGGAAGCACCGACGAGGACGGAAGCACCGAUGAGUACGGCAGUAGCGACGAGGACGAAAGCACCGAUGAUUGUGGAAGCACCGACGAGGACGAAAGUACCGAUGGGGACGAAAACGCCACAACUAGCUCGCCAUGCAAAGUCUGCACCUUUUUGAGCAAGCGCUGCCCAAACGCUUCGCCCCGAGUGACUGCUCCAGACGGAACGGUGGAAGAGUGCGAAAAUAUGGAGGUGGUGUGGCGAGCCGUUGCUGCGCUGCUCAGCUUUGAAGACAGCUUGCUGGCUGACAAAGUUGAGUGGGUAAAGACUGAUGACCCGGCUGCGAUACUGGCGUGGAUGGCGGAGAAGGAAUUCUCAGACUGGCCCUCCUCUCUUAUUUCUGCAAUCGCUAGGGACCUCGACGAACUCUACGGCUCGUACGAAUGUCUGCUUGCUGAUCACGAGUAUCGAGUUGACCUCCUCCCACGCGGAAAGAUGCAGGAUACAGUCGUAGCGCUGGCAACGCGUUGUAGUGACGAGCCUGUCGGACCAGUGAUCGAUUGCAUGGAUGCCGAUGUCCUGGCCAUGGAGCAGCGACUAGUUCGACUUGAGGAACUGAGCGAGGAAAUCGCGGGUACCCGACAGCGACUACGGGACAGCAGGUGUACUGAACCGCACCUACGAAAACUCCGGGACGACAGUGCCACAGAGCAAGAAAACAGGAAGUACGCGCUAUUUCCAGAGUGGCAUCGCUUGGCGAGCUACAUAGAAACUACCCGCGACAUGAAGCCGCUUUGUCUGCGCUUGAGAAGUAUCGAACCGCGGCUGCUGCACUUCAGAGACGCCUGUAUGGUCUGCAGGGCCAUGGGAAAGCCGUCAGACCACAGCAUCCGCGUGUGCACCAACGAGAUGGCGCAGAGGGCGCGUACGGACUUGAUUCAUAUUGAGAGGGCUGUCAACUUCGACCUUUUCCAUGGAUGUCAUCGCUGCGGCAUGCCAAAGCUGAUAUGCAGUCGCUGGGCAAAGCAGAAGGGAGAGGUGAGGUUCCGCCUCAUGCCGGUUCCUGGGAGAUGCAGUUAUGAAGGGGUUGCGCUCGAGGUCAUUUACGGCAUCAAACAUAGCUACAAGGCAAUUUGGGACGCUUGCAUUAGACGCCUGGAACAUAAACGUGUUCGUCAGGACAACCAAGAUUGGAUAUGCAAGUACUUAUGCAGCCAAAAGGAGAGCGAGCAGCCAUGGUACAGCCAGCAGAAAUGGGAAUAUCGGUGCCCUACCAGCAAUCUGCUCUGGGAAUUUGAGUGGAUAACUCAGUUGAUGUAA